AUGGCCGACCCCAGCACCACCCCUCCCCUUACCCGUGCCUCCGUCCUCGCCGCUCACUCCCUCAUAAAGCCCUACAUCCACGAGACACCCGUGCUCACGAAUACCACUCUCGACCAACUUGCUUCCACCCCUCGUACUCCCGAAGAGCUGCAAGGGACGGAAUGGGAGGCUACCGAAAGACCGGCGAACCCAAAGAUUCGGUUCUGGUUCAAGUGCGAGAAUUUCCAGCGGAUUGGCGCGUUCAAGGCUAGAGGAGCGUUUCAUGCUGUGGAGAGGUUGAAGCAAACUGAGGGGUUAGAGGGGUUGAGGAAGGGCGGAGUAGUGACGCAUAGUUCUGGUAACCAUGCCCAAGCCCUUUCCCUCGCUGCCCGCGAGAACGGCAUCCCGGCGCACAUCGUUAUGCCGACCAUCUCGCCUCCGCCCAAGAUCGCUGCCACCAAGGAUUACGGCGCCAACAUAACCUUUAGCGGGAGCACGAGUACGGAGCGUGAAGCAGUUACAAGGGAGGUGAUUGAGCAGACGGGUGCGAGGCUGGUGCCGCCUUAUGAUCACCCAGACAUCAUCCUCGGCCAAGGCACCGCCGCCCUAGAGCUCCAACGCCAAGUCGCCGCCUCUCUCUCCACCUCCGGCACCACCAACCGUCGUCUUAACGCGAUAAUAAGCCCUUGCGGCGGCGGUGGUCUCCUCUCCGGCACCGCUCUCGCCUGUUCCGACCUCUCCCCUUCCGAUCCCUCCACCCCCGGUCCAAUCCUGGUCUUCGGCGCCGAACCCUCCUUCUCCGGCGCGGACGACGGGCGUCGGGGUUACUACUCGGGCACUCGUAUCGAGAGCGUCAAAUCCCUGACGAUUGCCGACGGGCUGAGGACUCCUCUGGGGGCGUAUCCGUGGAGUAUCAUCUAUGAGCGGAAGCUGGUGGCGGGCAUGUACAGUGUGGGCGAGGAGGAGAUCAAGAAGGCGCUGAGGCUGGUUUAUGAGAGGAUGAAGGUUGUUGUUGAGCCGAGCGCGGUAGUGGGGUUGGCGGUGGCGUUAUUUAAUGAGGAGUUUAGGAGUAUGGUGGAGAGGGAAGGGGGGGAGGAAGGGUGGGAUUUGGGGGUGGUGUUUAGCGGGGGGAAUGUUGAGUUGGCGGCGUUGGGGAGGUUGUUUGGUGAGGAAUAG